AUGGCUUUUACAGCUGCAUUACUUUUCCAGGUUACGGCCAAGACUGCCUUCCUGUUUAUCUUACCUCAGUAUAACAUUAGCGUGCCUACAGCAGAUGGGGAACUGGUCCAGUAUCACUAUGGGCUGAAGGAUCUGGUCACCAUCCUCUUCUACAUCUUCAUUGCCAUCAUCCUGCAUGCGGUGGUGCAAGAGUACGCCCUGGACAAAAUCAACAGGCGUCUCCAUCUCUCCAAGGUCAAACACAGCAAGUUCAAUGAAUCGGGGCAACUGGUUGCCUUCCACUUCACCUCUGUGAUUUGGUGCUUGUAUGUCGUGGUGACGGAAGGAUACAUAGCAAACCCCCGGAGUUUGUGGGAAAACUACCCGCAUGUUUAUCUUCCGUUCCAGGUGAAGUUUUUCUACCUGUGCCAGCUGGCAUACUGGCUGCACGCCCUGCCGGAACUCUACUUCCAAAAAGUUCGCAAGGAGGAGAUCCCCCGCCAGCUGCGGUGCAUCGCGCUCUACCUGGUGCACAUCGCCGGCGCGUACCUCCUCAACUUAACCCGCUUGGGGCUGAUCCUCUUGCUGUUGCAGUACUUAGCCGAAUUCUUCUUCCACAUGGCCCGGCUGGUCUACUUCACAGAUGAGAACAACGAGAAGCUGUUUAACGUCUGGGCUGUCGUGUUCGUGGUCACCAGGCUCUUCACCCUCACCUUGUACAUCCUGGUCAUCGGCUUCGGGCUGCCACGGGUGGAAAACCAGGCCCUCGACCCCGAGAGAGGGAACUUCUUCAGCUUUCUCUUCAAUAAUAUCCUCUUCAGAAUGAGUGCGCUGCUGUUGGUGUGCCUCUUCCAGGCCUCGGUGAUGUGGCGCUUCAUCCACUUCCAGCUGCGGCGCUGGCGGGGGUGCGGGGACGAGUUUCAGAGCAGUCGGAAGCGAGCCGCCGCCGCCGCCGCCGGCACCAAGCAGCAAGCCAAGCCGCUCAAGAGGGACUCGGGUUACCAUGAAAACGGAGUGGUGAAAGCGGAGAACGGCACCUCACCGCGAACCAAGAAACUAAAAUCACCGUAGAAGCAAAGGCUUGUCUCCUGGGGAGGAGGGCGAGAUACCGGGACUAAGCAGCAGCCCCUCCCGGUCCUCACGAGCAUCAUCUUGAACGGCUUGGAAACCGGUCAUCUUCCCAAGGUGUCUCUCGCUCUCCUCCCUUCCUGUCUUGCUCUCUUGAACCAUUUGCAAUAAAACCAAAAAGGUCCCUUUCCCCUACUCCCCUCCCCUUGUAGGAACCUUUUCCAA